UAGAAAAGUGUCAGCAUAGAAGAGCGGAAUAAAUAUGGUGCAAGAUGGAAAAGCGAAGGCGGUCAAAAAGGGAAAACCCGACUUGGAUGAUCUCAAGCAGGAGGUCUCUAUGGAUGAACAUACCAUUCCACUCGCAGAUCUCUAUACAAGGCUAGGAACAAACCCUGAACGGGGUCUGACGUCGAAUAAAGCCCGUGAGGUGUUUGCUCGGGAUGGUCCAAAUGCUUUAACGCCUCCCAAGAAGACACCUGAAUGGGUGAAGUUCUGCAAGAACCUCUUCGGGGGUUUCGCCCUUCUUCUGUGGAUCGGCGCCGUCCUUUGCUUCAUCGCUUACUCCAUCCAAGCAUCCACCUUCGAGGAAGCUCCCGACGACAAUCUGUAUUUAGGUAUCGUAUUAUCUGUUGUGGUCAUAGUUACGGGUGUUUUUUCUUAUUAUCAAGAAGCUAAAAGUUCUAAAAUCAUGGAGUCUUUCAAAAAUAUGGUUCCUCAGUAUGCUAUCGUUAUUCGAGACGGUCAGAAGCUGACGAUGCCUGCUGAAGACGUUGUAGUAGGAGAUAUAGUAGAAGUCAAGGGUGGAGAUAGAAUUCCUGCCGAUAUGAGAGUUAUUUCAUCUCAGGCAUGUAAAGUUGACAACUCAUCGCUCACCGGAGAGUCCGAGCCACAAACCAGAACACCUGAAGCGACAAAUGACAAUCCUCUGGAAACUAGGAAUUUGGCUUUCUUUUCCACCAACUGCGUCGAAGGUACCGCAAAAGGAGUUGUUGUGAAUACUGGAGACCGGACUGUGAUGGGCCGUAUUGCUAAUCUGGCUUCCGGGUUGGAAGUUGGUGAUACACCCAUAGCUCGAGAAAUAGAACAUUUCAUUCAUUUGAUCACGGGUGUCGCUGUAUUUUUAGGACUUGCUUUCUUCGUUAUUGCUUUCAUUCUUGGGUAUUACUGGUUGGAUGCUGUCAUCUUUCUCAUCGGAAUCAUUGUUGCCAAUGUGCCUGAGGGUCUCUUAGCUACUGUGACGGUAUGCUUGACAUUAACAGCGAAACGUAUGGCCUCGAAGAACUGUCUUGUGAAAAACCUAGAAGCCGUAGAAACUUUAGGUUCGACGUCCACCAUCUGCUCUGAUAAAACAGGAACCUUAACUCAAAACAGAAUGACAGUUGCUCACAUGUGGUUUGACAAUCAGAUAAUAGAAGCGGAUACCACUGAAGAUCAAUCAGGUGUUCAAUAUGAUAAAACGUCUCCAGGAUGGGCAGCUUUAUCUCGUGCCGCAUGUUUAUGCAGUCGUGCAGAAUUCAAGCCAGGACAAGAUAGUAUUCACAUUCUGAAACGGUACUUUUUUGCACCCCUAUUACAGCAAAUUUAUUGAACGCGAGCAAUUCAA